AUGCAUAAUGAUACUGAUGAGUAUAAAAUAGCUAUAAGACAACAAUUAAAUUCUAGAGGAAAACCUGAAUCAGUACAUCUAGAAUUGCCAAAAACAAACUAUAAAGAAACAUAUAAAUAUAAUAAACAAUUUAGAGAAUCAAAUGCAGAAAUAGACUUUACAUUAAAUAGCAGCUCAGAUAGAAUAAGUAACACUAAUAUAAAACCUCAAAUACCAAGUUUACCAGUAUUUAAAUGGAUAAAAUCAUCAGUAAAAAUGUUUAAAGAAACAUGGUUUCAAAAAUCACUAUUAAGUCUAAAACAAAUAAUGAGCAUUGAUAAUAAUGAAAAUUAUACAAAUAAGAAAAGACAAUUUGAUAAAACAGAGACUAAUACUCCUUUACCAAAAACUAUAUUAAAAUCUUCAAAAUACUAUAAAAGAUCUGAUACACCAGCACAUUUAUCAAAUUAUAUACCUAUUCUAUCAACAUUUAAAGAAUAA